AUGGACGCCGAGCAGUUCACGCCGGCGCAACUGUCCUUUUUCGCAAUCUACAGCCCGCCGCUGGGCCCGACCGACGAGACAUUCGGCGACCAAGUUGUCUUUUACUAUUCGCGAUCAGCCCGGGAUGGACGCGCCAAAGCCAAAGCAACGGCCGACGAGGAGCGACUGAGCGAGAAUGAGAAGCUACGACAGAUUGGCCUUGCCCAAGGCAUGGCAGGCUUCGCCAGGAACUUUUCCGACGGCGAGCCCAUUGAAGCCGUCGAGACCGAGAAAUCGCGCGUCCUGAUGCACGAGCUGGAGAAGGAUUGGUGGGUCCUGGCUUCCGUCGACCUCACACGUCUCCCCUCGUCCAACAAGGACCAAGAAUACGAAUACUCGUCGCGCGAGGUCAGCCCGGCACCUCUCCUCCUACAACAGAUCCUCACCGCCUAUCGCGUCUUUACACUCCACCAUGGUCCCUCACUCAGCGACAUGUACGUCAAGCUCACGACAGACAAAUUCUCAGCCAUGCUCGAUCGCUUCUGGUCUCGUUUCUGCCGCAACUGGGACGUCUUGCUUCACGGCAAUCCCGCUGUCGAUAUCUUCGGAGGCUUGAAGCUUGCAGCAGGCGGAGAAUUGGGCUAUGGAGUAGGCGAGGAGGACUGGGGCAGUGGAGAUAGAGAGGUGCUCGAGGACUUGGUGCAUCGCACCGAAGGCCUGGUCGACUUGCUGGUCCACCGCUUCGGCGAAGCUGUUCCACCCGAGGAAGACUACAACAUCGACGAUCCUUCUCAAACCACCCUUCACGGUGCUCGUCAAGGUCUUCCAUGGCUAGGCUGCGGAUCAGAACCCCAAGCCCCUGAUGGCCUCAUCUUCAGCGGUGUAGGUGCCAUCACACGUCCUUCAGUCCGUGACAUCUCCACCUGGGUGCGCGACAUUUAUGCCUACGGUGAGCACGCUUACGGCGUCAAGGACAAUCCCCACCGACAGCGCCGCAAGAAGCGCAGGCGCCAGCCAGUCCAAGAGUCCGAGACACCAAUUGCUACAGAUGAGGAGCUCAAGAACAAGGCUAUUGACAAGUUGAAGGGUAUUAAGCUGCCGCCAGAUCCUCGUCCGCAGAUGCACGACAGAAUCGCCUCUCAUGACCAUGCCACCGGUACUCCAGGCACCCAGGUUGCUUCACAUCCCGGCAUUCCUCCACCUAUUGUCAGCGCUGUAGAGGCCUCUCUUAACAGAGCUAGUGCCUCCGCUGAAUCCAACGCUUCCAACCAACCCCCACCACCCUCCGAACAAUCCUCAAACUGGAACCUAGGAAGCUCGGACAAGUGGGUCAAAUACCUCACAUUCGGUCUGGCAUCAGGCGGAAAACGCUCCGAAUCGCCAAAACGACCAGAAGGCCCCCGCCGUACUUCGACCUCAAGCUCAAAGACCGUCAAGGGCGUCUCUUUCCCAAAAUCAAAAGACGACAGCAAAGACGAACCUCCCAUGCAACAUCUCGAUCCGAAUCCAGACGGCUACCAAGCAAUGGCGGCUUUACAGCGGCAACGCCGACAAGAGAACAAAGGCCACUUCCUCAUCGGCUACCGCGGUGACCUCGAACUCGAGCCCGUAGAAGAGAACGGAAACGACAGCGACACCACAAUCAAUGACUCCGAAUUGCCCGAAGCUGAAAGCAACCUCCUACGCACUGUCAAAGUCGAAUUGACAGACAAAGGUGACACCGUAAACGAUGACUUGGACUCGCGCGACAGUUUUGUCAACAAUGAUACUUCGUCGAGAUUGAGGGUAUUGGUGUAUAUCCAUCGCCCAUUCAUCCAUGUGUUUUUGUUUGAGCAACGCACACCCUCCCUCAGUAUCACAGCGUUCUACCGCGACUUGCACAAACACUUGCGUCCGUUGUAUAAAUCGUUGCUCAACAGCACUUCGGCGCAAAAAGUGGCAGAUCGCAUAACAGCAGCACAUACCUCUCCGCCAGAGCCCACAUCCAUCAACACUGCAAACCCUCCUUACUCACCUCCUCGCGACAGCCCUGUUUUCGACUUGGUUUACGACCCUGUAAACCUCUCUUGCCACACUUCUUUGCCUAACAUCCCCGAGCCAGGCCAAGUUCUACCUCUAACCGGCGCCAUUUCAACAUCCUCAUCAGGUAAGGAUGGACCACCCCAAUGGACACGCUUGGAAGCUUUGAACAUCCACUCGCAUAUCCUGUUUACUCUACACCAUUCGUCACGCAACGAUCAAGAAACGGAAAGGACAUCAAAGACAACCAGGCAUUGGUGGGUCGUGUGGUUGCGCAUACCACAGCCCGGAGAACAGGAUGCAAGGCGUCCGCGCCCCGAGUAUUGCAGGACUGCGUUUUUGGUGCGCAAGGCUAGGGAUCAGGUUGUCGAGAGAAGAGGCUUGGGGAUGGGUGGCAUGGGCAAGGGUAUGGCGAGCAGAGUGAGCAGUGGGAUGUAUAAUCUGGUUGGUGUUAGAGGAGGGAGCAGUGCGGACACUGAGGGUGCCCAAGGAACUGCAGGAUGGGGCAGUGCUGGCGCGUUGGCGGGUGGAAUCGGCAUUGAUGCCAGGAAGUAUGUUGAGAAUCUGCUGAGCUUGAAUCGGUAA